UGUCAUUCAUCAAUUGUAAUUAUAUUCUUCAAUUAUAAUGGCGUCUGACACUGGCCUCGUCAAUCCCCUUUUCCAUCCUUUUCUCUUCUUCUUCCAGAUCUUCCAAUGGCUCACGGACAAACUCCUCUCGCCCAAGCCACCGAGUGAAAACGCGAGGAUUGGGCGCAAUAGACCUAAGAUUGCGGUGAUUGGAGCUGGAAUCACGGGCGUUACGAGUGCAGCUCACUGUAUUGGGCAUGGCUUUGAUGUUGUGAUUUUCGAGGCUGGGUCCAAGGAUAAUGUUGGUGGUAUUUGGAGUAGAGUCAAUGAGACAUCUGGGCUUCAGAUCCAUUCGCUAAUGUAUCGAUUCCAUCCUUCUGUUCAGUGGAAUCGUGGAUAUCCCGACCGUCAGCAAAUUCUCAGCCAGGUCCGACAGCUCUGGGAACGCUAUGGCCUCAAAGAGAGAACACGCUUCAACACAAAAAUUGAUCGCGUUUACCAAGAUGAACAGGGACGAUGGAUUGUGAACGAUCCUUCCCUCGGACGCUUUGGCGGUGUCAUUGCUGCGGUCGGAACUUGUGGCGCACCAAAGAUGCCAAAGAUCCCUGGCAUGGAUAACUUCAAAGGUCCUAUUUACCACUCUAGCGAACUCACUGGAAAAGAUGUAAAGGGUAAGAAGCUGGCCAUCAUUGGUGGAGGUGCCUCUGCUGAUGAAGCGCUUGAGUUUGCCUUUACAGAGGAUGCUGCCAAAGCGACUAUUCUAUCACGCUCAGACAAGUGGAUCAUUCCUCGCAACAUGGUCGUCGAUACACUUUUGAGCUUCAACAUCUUUGGCCAAGAGACUGUUUUAUCGUUUAUCCCAGAGUUUUUCCUGCGCAAGUUCUUUUACAGAGAUCUUGAGGACAUUGCACCUGAUAAGAGCCAUGGUUUGUUCAUGGAGACACCUAUGGUUAACUCUGAUGUUAUGGAUAAGCUGCGCGAAGGUAGAGCUGAAUGGGUUCGCUGCGAUAUCGACGAGUUUGUCGAGAGCGGAAUUCGAGUAAAUCGACGUGCUAAGGGUGUGCCGCAAGGUGGGCCUGGUCAUGAGGAAGUCAUCGACGCUGAUAUUGUCGUUAUGGCUACUGGUUUCAAGAGGCCUUCUCUCUCUUUCCUCCCCAAGGAUUGCUUCGAGGAGCCCUACCCACCGCCAAACUGGUAUCUCCAGACCUUCCCGCCUACUCACCCCUCAGUCUCAGCUAUCAACUGCACAUACGUCAACGCCAUCGGCACCGUUGGAAACUGGCACAUUGGCAUUUACACCCGAAUCCUGCUCAUGUUUCUCAUGGAUCCUUUCUCUCGACCCAGUCCCUUCUGGAUGCAGCGCUGGAUCGACAUGACCAAGACACUCAAGCUUACCAGCCCAACUGGCGCCUUUGACUUCUUUACCUACUUGGAGCUUAUCUGGUGGUUCUUCUUCUGUGUUGUUAUCAACCCUUUCCGAUGGAAGUGGGCUAUCUUUGUGUUCUUUGGUGUUGGGUUUGGACUUCCGAAGCUGAUUGUGGGUCAAGAGGAGAGGAUCACGAACGGCAAUGGAUAUCAUGCUACAGAUGAAGGUACAAGCUUUUAGGAGAGCCUCCACGAUUCAAUUCAUCGAGUCAUGGUUAUCGAAGAUAGGUAAAGAAGAUUGAAAAGCAAAGAGUGACCUGAGAGGGAAAAGAGGACAGAAAUUGCCAGCGAAGCUUAUGCUUCCUUUAUGAUAAUGAGAUAUUGAAGAUAAAAGGCCAAGAUUAUUUACCACAUCUAGGUGUUUUCCGCCAGUGCUUAGCCUAUCGUGUAUACUGUCACCGUAUAUACCGGCCUUACUCCAAAUAGGCAUUGCUUAACACAGUCCGAGUUCCUCGUAAGAAGUGGAUGAGACCUCAGAUAUCCACGGAAACCUCCCGGCGUAAUGAAGGAGUCUAGUCUCAACAGCUCCCUCAUUAGAAUGAGCUAGCACGCAUAGCGGGUCAUGCAAGCAAAAGAACUCAGCGUGGGGGAAUAUGAUUGAGUUGGCAGAUCAUCUGGAGAAAACUUGGGGAAGUGAAGCAUGCGAAAUGAAAAGGGAUCUUAUUACGUACCGCGGCUACGGAACGCGGCUCACGAUAUGAAUAUGUAAACGAUUUACCGAGCUGAAGCGUAACGGCUAGUAUUAACAUCACUGCUAAGACUGUUAGUUAAAACUUUUUGCUAGGUCAUAUGAUGGCCUUUCAACUGUUAUAAACAAUGCCGCCUAUACCCGUAUCUCAAAGCAUUGUAGCUCAACACCAGAGUUACAAGUCGCGAUACUUGAUGCAACAAUCA